AUGGCAUUCCAAUGUGCUAUCUGUGAUGAGGUCUUCAUCACCAAGGCUGAGCUAAGUCACCAUAUUGAAGCUCACUUUCGCCAUACUACACCACCCGGACUCCAUUGUGAUGUUUGCAAAUGGAAUUUCGAUGACUCAUACGCACUGGAGCUUCAUCAACGUCAAACCGGUCACGGCACGCCUAACUUCUUCUGUGAUAGAUGCAACCGACGCUUCAUCUCGCAAGAGAGACUCGACGAUCAUCGCAAGCCGCCAUCGGGGUGUGCCGAUACGCUCAAGGAGUCAGAAGAAAUGGCAGUCUUUUGCGAUCGCUGUGAGAAGAGCUUCAACAACCAGAAGCGCUUUAGCGAACACCGAAGCAACCUAGCGAACGCGUGUGCCGACUGGAGACACACGCCGCCCAAGAAACAGUCACAGUCUGCUUCCAAAGAAUACACUGACUUAGACAAGCCCAAAGAUGAUUACAGUCAGGCCAUUCAUUCCUACGAUGAUCUCACGCAACAGUCAGAUGCAUCGAUGAACACCAGCAACGGUGGAAUACGAUGCAAGGACUGCAAGAAGAGAUUCCAAUCCCAGGGUCAUUACAACAACCACUUUCUGGCAUCCGAAUCAUGGCCCCUGCCAGUGGCGAGGAAGAAGAAAUCUGCUCGACGACUAACGGCUAAGGCCUCUAAGCACAUGCCAGUCCAGGCAGUAACAUCGGAACUGGGCAAGCUUGUGCUACCCCAAGAACACAGUGCCUCCCCCGUAACAUCUGCUCCAGCUGCCGACACUGGCACAUAUAUCUGUAAUACCAACGGCUGUGGGAAGACUUUCAGGUCUGAGGCUGGUCUUAAGCAACACAGAAUCGACAUUCAUGGCGUUGGCGGUCAGAAAUUGGACAUAAGUGGGCGCGACUCUUGGAUGCUUAACGCGCGAGAAAGAGAACGACUGAAGCAAGAAGGGCUUCUACGGGCACUUUCUGGGCCGGCUUAUGGUCAUAAGGGUAGCAACACUCCCACUCGAGCUCCUCAGCCCCUUGCCCUCCGGCCGCCCAGAAUGCCUCCCGGAGAACGCCCUGCACUAGCACAACAUCAUGUGGCGCCAGUUCAAGCAAGUAGUGUGCCAAUGAUCACAAGCAUGGGCAGUGCUGCCGAUAUGGAGCAGGCCAAGCAGAUCCAAGUGCGAGCUCUACGCCUACUUAUUCAGUCUGAUAUCUUCAUACACUAUGAUGGCGGCAUGACUGUUGGUGGCAUCUGUUGGACCAGAAUCUCUGUCGCGAAACAGCCCGAGGUCGUCGACAUGCUCGAUAACAUGUGCCACUUACCCAAGAUGCUUCAAGGCGAGUAUGUGCCAGCACCAAAGACAUUCAUGGAUGAGUACAAAGUCUAUUACGAUCUCGCCGAUUUCGAGCCGUGCCCGGCUCGAGAUCCAGGAAAGUCAUGCCUGGGUGUCGUUGCUCUCUCAUGCAGCAAAGUCGUGCUUGAAGGCGGCCGUUUCGAAGUUGUCAAGAUUGCAGCUAUCGAUCUCGUGACUUGCGGCAUACUCAUGAACCACCUCGUCUGUACCGAUCCGCGCGCACACGUCGCCGACUGGCGUCCAGCAGUCACCGGAAUUUCCAGCUGGUUCGACAUGGAAGCAGCUCGACAGGCUGGCUACAAGAUCUUCAAAGGCUGGUUAGCAGCCCGGGCUGCCCUACAAAAGUAUGUUGAUGGCGGGACGAUCAUCGUAGGCCACAACUUGCGCUCAGAUCUCGAUCCCUUGCGCAUAGUUCACGGCCGUGCCAUUGACAUUGCAAAGGUGGUGGAAAAGGCAGCCAACGGUCCAUUGAGCAAGGCACAGUUGACCCUGGACAGCUUGUGCCGCGACUAUACUGAGAGAAAUCUGCCAAGUCAUGCUGUGUACGGCCAUGAUUGUCUCGUGAAUGCGUUUGCGAUUCGCGAGUUUGUACUCUGGUCUAUCAAGAACAAGGAGAAGCUUGAGAAGAUUGCAAAGCAAAAAAGUUUGGAUUACCAGCGCAUUCGACCUGCUGGGAAUGGUACGACGGCACCCUGA